GUAUAUAGUAAUUUAUUUACAAAGACACAUUUAUACAUUGAAAACCUACUUUAGAUACCCUUUUUUUUUUUUUUUUUCCUUCUUUUCCAAAUAAAAAUCAAAUAAAUAGUAGAUUUAGGUUUUAUUAAUAAAUUAAUAAUAAAGAAUGUUUAAUAGUAGCCACUUUGUACCACAAAUUGUUUCAAAUGGUUUAAGAGCUUGUCCUAUACUUUCAAGAGGCAGUAGCAGCAGUUCUGGCAGUAUUAUUAAUAAUGGCGCAAGUGGGCCAAAUAGUAAUAUUUAUGUAGAUUAUUUCUCAACAUCUACCGCUAGUAUUAUUCCAGCAGUUAAUAAUGGUUCAACCACAACUCCAUCAGGUUCAAUGGUUUCAAGUGCCACAACUACCACAAUCAAACAUCCAUCAACUUUAACACCAGACAAUGCCAAGGAUUUCUUUGAAAAGUGUCCAUACGCAAAUGUCGUCGAAGAAGGUAUUAAAAAAGAUCACGAAAAAGGUUUAGAAGCAUUAUCCGAAUUAAUCAAACCAACUGGUAGUGGUGUAUCAAAAAGACUUGAACAUCAAGAUCCACAAGAAGCACUCUUAAAUGAAAUGAUUGAAAUGAAUGAAAUUAAAGCCACUCAUAGAAAUUCAAAAAAGAACAUCACUGAAAACAAAGAAAACUAUGUCAAUGGAUUCAAAGCAGUCAUCGAUAAUUUAAAACAAGAAGGUAGAUACAGAGUUUUUACAACCAUUCAAAGACAAGUUGGUUCAUUCCCACAUGCAAAACAAAAGUUAUCACAAGUUAAAGAAUUGGAACAACUUCAAGAUUCAGUUACAGUUUGGUGUAGCAAUGAUUAUUUAGGUAUGGGUCAACAUCCAGUCGUUAUCAAUGAAAUGACAGAUUCAAUUAAAAAGAUGGGCGCAGGUUCAGGUGGUACAAGAAAUAUUUCAGGUACUACAAGUGAACAUGUUAAACUCGAAAUGGAAUUAGCAGAUUUACAUAAUAAGGAUGGUGCAUUAGUAUUUGGUUCAUGCUAUAUUGCUAAUGUCAAUACUCUUACUUCAAUCGCAGCCAUCAUGCCAGAUAUGAUGAUUUUCAGUGAUCAAAAGAAUCAUGCUUCAUUAAUCGAGGGUAUUAGAAAUUCAAAAUUAGAUAAGAAAAUCUUUAAACAUAACGACCUCAAACAUCUUGAAAGUUUAUUAGCCAGUGCAGAUCCAGCUCGUCCAAAGAUUAUUGUUUUCGAAUCAGUUUACAGUAUGGACGGUACCAUUGCACCAAUCGCUGAAAUUUGUGACCUUGCUGAUAAAUAUAAUGCUCUUACUUUUAUCGAUGAGGUUCAUGCCGUUGGUCUCUAUGGUAAUCGUGGUGCCGGUAUUUGCGAACGUGAAAAUCUUAUGGAUCGUAUCGAUAUCAUCUCUGGUACUCUCGGUAAAGCCUAUGGUGUAUUUGGUGGUUACAUUGCUGCUAAUAAAGAUAUUGUCGAUGCUGUUCGUUGUCUUUCACCAGGUUUCAUUUUCACCACUUCAAUUCCACCAUCAAUUGCUGCAGGUGCUCGUGCUUCAGUCUCUUAUUUGAAAUCAUCAAAUAAAGAACGUAAAUUACAUCAAGAACGUACUAAAAAACUCAAGGAAAUGCUCAAGGAUGCCUCAUUACCAGUUUUAGAUACUGACAGUCAUAUCGUUCCAUUGAUGGUUGGUGAUUCAGUAUUAUGUAAAAAGAUGAGUGAUUAUCUUUUAACAAAACAUAAUAUAUAUGUUCAACCAAUUAACUAUCCAACUGUUGACAAGGGUACCGAAAGAUUCCGUUUAACCCCAUCACCAGUUCACAAUGACGAAUCAAUGAAACAUCUUGUUAAUUCAAUUAUUGACUGUUUCCAAAUCUUUGGUAAAAAAUAUGUCGCAAAAAAUUAAAAUUAGGGUAAUAAAAAAAAAAAAAAACAAAAAAAAAAAAACAAUAAAUUUAUAAAAAUUAUCAUAUUAUAUAUUUUAUAAAAUAUAUAAUUAUACACUAUUACCAAUUAUCAC